CAAACCUUUGUUAACAAAAACAAAAUGGCGACUGAUGCUCACAAGUGUUUGCCGGCGUUCGAGAAUGAUGCGGCGGUGAUUCAGUUCAUUGAGGAUGUGACGGCCAACGCCGACGCGGUUCAGACGAACGUGUUGGCGGAGAUACUUCGGCGGAACGCCGAAACGGAGUAUCUCCAGCUGUACAAUCUCGCCGGAGCUACGGAUCGUGAAACUUUCAAAUCCAAAAUACCGGUUGUUACUUACGAAGAUCUUGAGCCUUUUAUUCAACGCAUCGCUAAUGGCGAUCGUUCUCCAAUUCUUUCAGCUCACCCCAUUUCCGAAUUCCUCACAAGUUCUGGGACUUCUGCUGGUGAAAGAAAACUCAUGCCGGCGAUUAAUGAAGAUUUGGAUCGACGUCAACUGCUUUACAGUCUUCUGAUGCCGGUAAUGAACAUCUACAUGCCGGGUCUGGAUAAGGGAAAAGGCUUGUAUUUUCUGUUCGUUAAAUCCGAAACAAAAACUCCGGGUGGGCUGUUGGCCCGACCCGUUCUCACAAGCUACUACAAGAGUGACCGCUUCAAGGCCCGACCAUACGACCCGUAUAACGUCUACACAAGCCCGAAUGAGGCCAUUCUCUGUCCGGACUCAUUCCAGAGCAUGUACGCUCAGAUGCUUUGUGGAUUGUAUGAUCGGGAGCAAGUACUCCGUAUCGGAGCCAUCUUUGCUUCUGGUCUUCUUCGAGCCAUUCGGUUCCUUCAUCUUUAUUGGAAGGAACUUUGUCAGGAUAUCCGCACAGGUACCCUUGAUAAGAGGGUAUCUGAUCCGGAUAUCCAGCAUUGCAUGGUCCGGAUACUGAGGCCGGACCACGCUCUUGCAAACGUAAUAGAAUCUGAAUGCUCAAAGGAGAACUGGGAAGGGAUCAUCACCCGAAUUUGGCCUAAUGCCAAGUAUCUUGAAGUAAUCGUAACGGGUGCAAUGGCCCAAUAUAUUCCCACCCUUGAUUAUUAUAGCGGUGGGUUACCGAAAGUGUGCACCAUGUAUGCGUCGUCCGAGUGUUAUUUUGGUAUCAACCUGAACCCGUUGUGCGAACCGUCUGAAGUUUCGUACACCAUAAUGCCAAAUAUGGCAUACUUCGAGUUCCUUCCUUGUGAUCCACAUUCAGGGUCGACCAGUAAUAAUGUUUCUCUGGUCGACCUUGUGAAUGUGGAAAUAGGGAAGGAGUAUGAGCUUGUGAUCACCACCUACGCGUUAUACAGAUACCGCGUAGGUGACAUUCUUCGUGUCACAGGGUUCCACAACUCCGCCCCAAAGUUUCACUUCGUGAGGCGGAAAGGCGUGUUGCUGAGCAUCGAUUCAGACAAAACAACUGAACCCGAACUCCAAUCUGCCAUCGACAAUGCAUCCAAACUGUUGAACCGGUUCGACACAAAUGUGGUUGAGUACACAAGCUAUGCGGAUACCCGAAGCAUACCCGGGCAUUACGUUAUAUUCUGGGAAUUGUUAGUGAAGGAUCCAACAAACUAUCCAACAGAUGAGGUGCUUGAGCAGUGUUGUUUGGUGAUGGAGGAAUCUCUGAACUCAGUGUACCGACAGGGUCGGGUCGAGUGCAAAUCGAUCGGGCCAUUGGAGCUCCGGGUGGUGAAAAAUGGUACAUUUGAAUGUUUGAUGGAUCAUGCAUUGUCAAGAGGGGCAUCAAUUAACCAGUAUAAAGUGCCAAGGUGCGUUAGCUAUACUCCGAUAAUGGAGUUGCUGGACUCAAGGGUGGUGGCGUCGUAUUUCAGCCGGAGUUUGCCGCAAUGGGACCAGAAAGCCACCGGUGAAGUGGUGGUUUGACCAUCAAAGUUAAACAUAAAUAAAUAAGAAAAGAUUAUGUGUAUGGCGUGUGUUUGACUUAUAAGUGCCUAAACUACAACAUGCAUGUGUGUAUGUAUACAUGCAAAAGUAAAAUAUGUUGAAAG